GAAGACCUGCAACUAUGGCAUAGCUGAAAGAGUUUCAGACGGAGAGCGAUUUUCUCGAGGGGAAGAUAGUGUUUACUCUUUGUAACGGCUUUGCAGGAUGGACGCCGCUAAUGAUUCCCACGGAUCUCAAGGACUCACGGCGCUGGACAGAGAGGUGGGCUCCGACGAGUUCAUUGUUGCGUUCGCCCCAAUCCGACCGAUCGCAGCCGGCGGGUUCCUUGCGGUGACAUAUCUCCGGAGCCGUGAGAGCACGGGGGAUAUUGAUUAUCUCCGUGACCUGGAAUUCGCUGGGGACCAGCACAUUCAAGUGCCCCUGCAAAAGGCCAUUCGGUCCGUUGCGCGCCAGAAGGGCUUCACCAACAAAUGGAUCAACGAGGACAUGGCCAUUUUCGUCACCAAGAAGGCCCGGCAGACUCUCUUCGAAGAAGCCGAGAAACAGAAUAUCGUGCUUUUCAGCGGGGAAAACCUCGAGGUUCUGGCCGCUCCCCUGGAGUGGGCACUGGAGCGGAAGCUGAGGAGAAUCCAUGCCGCGGACCGGGGCAGAAAGGCGGAAUGCGACAUGGAGGACGCACUGGCGCUUCUCAAGGCGCUGAAGCUACGCAACAAAGGCCCGCUUGACCAAGAGUCAGUCCGCAGGAUGAACAUGAACGGAUUCGAUGUCCUCCCGAGCUAUGAGACCAUGCAACGGGUCUCGCGCGAGUACCAGCAGAAAUACAAUGAGGAUAUCUUCAAAUGAUGUCGGGCAGGACUACGCGGAGCUGGGUGGAGACAUCG